GAAAGAGGGACUUGGAUGUUUAAAAAAUGGCUGCCUCUAUCCGGCUCAUCGUGAAGCCUUUGUGCCGUCUGUCGCCUUCUACUUCACAUGCUUUUCGUCAGUAUCAGGUCUGUCAACGGCUGCUGCCUGUGAGGACAUGCACUUCACUUUUUAAACAUCCAAGUCGCUCUUUCUGCGAGGGAGCGUCCCUGCAGGAUGAGGCUGCUGCUCAGGCUGCAGAGACCCGAUCCCGGUACAUGGACAGACCCUGGGAUUACCUGGAGAGUGAAGAGUACAUUGAGAAGUAUGGGAGCAAUCCGGUGUGGGCAGGGUACAGGAGGAACCACAAAGGAGGCAUCCCCCCACAGAAGACACGCAAGACCUGCAUUAGAGGAGACAAGAUAUGUGGAAAUCCCUGUCCGAUCUGUCGGGAUUCAAACGUUGUGAUCCACUAUCAGAACAUAAAGCUCCUGCAGCAGUUCAUCAGUCCCCACACUGGAAUGGUGUUUGAUCCCACUAGAACCGGUGUGUGUAUGAAACAGCACAAGAAGCUAAACGAGGCCAUCAACACAGCACGAGACCACGGCUUACUUCCUUUUCAGAUUCCAUAUGUGGAGUUUUUAGGAGAGAACUACUCUAACUCCCAUGAUGCCGUGGGGUCCACACCACCUUCCCCAUGCCUAACCACUGGUGACGCCUGGUAUAAAUGGUACGGGGAGAUUACACCUGAUGAGAAUGAAGUUUCUAAAGUUAGGACGACAUACAAGGCAUUCUUAAAGUAACAAGAACUAAACCGCUGGUCAGGAGUUCUUCGUUUUGCUGUACAUUUGUGUCGUUCUGUGUUUUCAUAUUAUACAUGUAUGCAGAUGAAAAAUGCUCAAUAAAAACCACAUGAUGAAA